AGCAGUAGUCCUGUCGUUUGACCGAGCACUUUAUCUUCGAAAACCUCAAAACAAGAGCGUUAGGGUUCACAGCUCCGGCGACAAUGGAGGUAACGAACGCCCGGAAGCGCGCCACCAAACGGAAAUUCGAAGACGGCGUUUCAGAGUCACCGGCAUCCGUUUCCAACGGCUUCAACAACGACGUCGAUCUUUCCCUUCUCGAAGCCAUAGAGAAAUCCCAAAACGCCGUCGAAGUUCUCGACCUCCGAACCCUAAAGAAGCUCGUUCUCUCCUUCGAACGUCGCCUCAAAGAGAACAUCGAAGCUCGUCUCAAGUACCCUAAUCAACCCGAUCGCUUCGCCGACUCCGAAGUUGAACUCCACGAUGAGCUUCAGAAACUCAAGGUCCUCGCCGGAGCACCCGAACUCUACCCUGACCUCGUCAGUCUCAAUGUCGUUCCUUCAAUCGUCGAUCUACUCAACCACGACAACACAGACAUCGCCAUCGACGUCGUUCAGUUGCUCCAGGACCUCACCGACGAGGACGUUCUCGACGACAACGACGAUUCCGCUAGGGUUUUGGUCGAUGCUUUGGUCGAAAACAGCGCGCUCGAGCUCCUCGUUCAGAAUCUCCACCGGUUGAACGAUUCCGACCCCGACGAAAACGCCGCCGUUUACAACACGCUCGCGACGAUUGAAAAUUUUAUCGAGGUGAAGCCCGCAGUGGCGGAAUUGGUGUGUGAGAGGACCAAGCUCUUGAAGUGGUUGCUGGGGAAGAUCAAGGUGAGGGAAUUUGACAGUAACAAGCAGUAUGCAUCUGAGAUUUUGGCGAUUUUGUUGCAGAGUAGCACAGUGAACCAGAAGAAGUUGGGGCAGAUGAAUGGGGUUGAUGUGGUGCUUCAGGCUGUGGCAAUGUAUAAGUCUAAGGAUCCAAAGAGUUCUGAUGAGGAGGAGAUGGUUGAGAAUUUGUUCGAUUGCUUGUGUUGUUUGUUGAUGCCGUUGGAGAACAAGGAAAGGUUUGUGAAGGCUGAAGGGGUGGAGUUGAUGAUAAUUAUCAUGAAACAGAAGAAAUUGGCUUAUGGGUCUGCUAUUAGGGCGCUUGAUUUUGCAAUGACCAAGUACCCUCCUGCUUGUGAACGAUUUGUGGAUGUUUUGGGCUUGAAGACAGCGUUUGCUGCUUUUAUGGGUAAGAUUCCUGUAAGUAAGAAGAAUAAGAAAGAAAGGUACCAAGAAGAAUUGGAGGAGCGCCUUGUGUCACUGAUUGCGUCAUUAUUUGGUGGAAUCUUGAGGGGUUCUAGGAGAGAAAGAUUAUUAAGUAAAUUUGUUGAAAAUGAAUGUGAGAAGAUAGACAGGCUAAUGGAACUAUACAUCAGAUAUUCAGAUAGAGUCAAAGCAGAAACUGAACGGUUGAAUCAAGUUGAGCUUGAUGACUUGGAGAUGGAUGAAGAUGAAAAAUACAAUCGUAAACUAGAAUCUGGACUUUAUACUCUUCAGUUGAUUGCUGUUAUUUUGGGUCAAAUUUGGUGCUCAGAGCAUCCACAAAUGAGAGGAAGAAUUGAACUACUACUCAAGCAGAACAAACUUACUAAGCAGCAUAUCAAGGAUAUCCUUCAGGAAUAUCAUGAUAAUAUAGGUGAUCUGGAUGGACCAGAAGAGAAGGAGCGAGCACAGACGAAAAUUCAGAAGUUCAUAAUGGCAUUUUAACUAGUGUAAAACUUAAUAAACUUAAACUGAUGUGAUUAAAUUUUUUUUCUAAAUGCAUGUAAAAUCUCCUUUUUUGUCCAGAACGAGGAAUAGAUUGGUGAGGGUAAUGGAGGAAUCUGCAAAUGUUGUUGAGAUCACUGUCACGUAUCGUUUUUGUCACAACUUUUAUGGUAGUUAUAACGGAUAUUAUUUUCCCCUUUCGUGGGGGGACUAGUUCAAUAGGGAAACUUCAGUCUUUCACUGUGUAUUCUCAAUAGGUAUAACCUGAGAUUAACCUCCACGCAAAGAGUGAUAGUCACUUAAAAGUUUUCCAUGUAGUGAUGAUUCUAACUUCUGAACCCUUCAAUAUUAUAGGUAAAUUUGUCUGUGAUUUUAAUAUACCUUUCCUACGACCAAUGUUAUUUCCCGCAGGGAG